AAUAAAUGAAAUGCAUAUUUUAUUAUAAAUCAACAACACCCUGUGUUGUGUACAUUUACGAUAUCAGUUAAAUUGACAAGUUGAAUAAUGACAUCUUCUGUCAUUCGCAUUCAUUGAAAAAAUCACUUCUUUAUUGAAAACCAAAGAAUCACAGCUAUGCUCCGUCGACUUUCCCAGACAUGUCUUUCUAAUGUUCGCUCGAGAUCAGCAAACUUCUCCACUCAACCUCAAUCCAAAGAAAAAUGGGAUCUAUAUGCGAGUGUGCUAGUCGAGAGAUUACCAGUGAUUUCAAAAUCAUUAAAUCCCAUUGAAAUGGAAUUCCAAAAACUCCUCUGGCAAACUGAAUUCGAGAAUAGUUUAAAAUCAGACCAUGAAAUGAAACACGAAAAAGAUUUAAUUCAAGCUGAGCUAUUAAAGAAAGGAGAAGCCGAAAUUGAUUUUGAUGAUUCUAUAUCGAAACAAACCGCCCAAGAUUUAAAAGAUUCUUACAUAGAAGAGGCUAAAAAAUUCCAAUUGGCUUCUCGUGAAACACCCGAUGACAAAACAAAUAAUUUAAAAUCGGUUAAGCGACGUCUAGAAGAUACCCUUUAUUUGUUGGUUGAACAGAAAGUAGGAAAGAAUACUAUGUUAUUGCUGCCACAAGGAAUUCGUGAAGAAGGUGAAACAAUGCGACAAACUGCUGAAAGAGUGCUUCUUGAGCAGUGUGGAGAUCAAUUGCAAGUUGUUUUCUAUGGUAACGCUCCAUGUGGAUUCUACAAAUAUAAAUAUCCAAGUGCAAUAAGAGGUGACAGCGUUGGAGCAAAAGUGUUUUUCUACAGGACCACAUUGAAAUCUGGAAACGUUUCGGAGGCUAGUAAGAAAAAAUUCGAAUGGUUAGAUCAAUUGGCUUUGGGAAAGAAAUUAAAUGUUCCCGCGUAUUCGGAGAGUGUCCAACGAAUGCUUUUGUAAAUAAAACAAAAUAGAACAAAAAAACGUUAAGUUUCAAUUGAAA